AUGGUUGGCUCUUGGUCCUGGCUGUCCAGAGAUGUCGUCAAGAUUUUCGUUGUGGCUGCAGUGUUGUUCCUGACCUAUGGUCUCAUGAAAGCAGUCGAGCUGUACCGGAAAAGACAGGAGCUACUGAAGGUCUUAAAAAACUUCCCUGGCCCUCCAACCCACUGGCUGUACAGCCACCUUAAAUUGCUAAAGCCAGAGGAAGAACUAAACAACAUGGCAUCCUGGACAGGGAAAUAUCUACAUUGUAUCCCUCUAUGGUUUGGACCCUUCUUCGCAUUAUUGAACAUCCACCAUCCUGACUAUGCUAAGGUUCUACUCAGCAGAGGAGAUCCUAAGUCUCACCUGCCUUACUCUUUCCUAAUUCCAUGGAUUGGUAAAGGAUUGCUGAUUUUAGAUGGGCCAAAGUGGUUUCACCAUCAGAAGUUGCUAACACCAGGCUUUCACUACAAUAUUUUGAAGCCGUAUGUGAACCUAAUGGUAGACUCUGUCCGAGUGAUGCUGGACAAAUGGGAACAGCAGGCCACACCAAAGAUGUCAAUGGAGAUCUUCCACUCCAUCAGUCUGAUGACGCUAGACACCAUCUUGAAAUGUGCCUUCAGUUACGAGAGCAACUGCCAGAUGGACAGUGGCAGUUCAUACAUCCGAUCAAUCCUGGACAUCAGCACCUCGAUAUACCAGAGGUUCCGCAUACCACUGCACCACAACGCAACACUUUACUGGCUCAGUGCUCAAGGACGUCAUUUUCGCAAGGCUUGCACAUUAACCCAUGACCACACAGAUAAAGUGAUCCGCGAAAGGAAGGAGGCCCUCAAAGAUGAGCAAGUGCUAAGUAAGAUCCUGAAGAAAAGAUGUCUGGAUUUCCUGGAUAUUCUUCUCUGUGCCAAGGAUGAAAAUGGAAAUGGAUUAUCUGAUGAGGACCUACAUGCUGAGGUGGACACGUUCAUGUUUGCAGGUCAUGAUACCACAGCCAGUGGGAUCUUUUGGCUCUUCUACUGCCUGGCCCUGUACCCAGAGCACCAGCAGAGAUGCAGAGAAGAGAUCCAGGAGAUCCUGGGAGACCAGGAGACUAUUCAGUGGGAGGAUCUUGGGAAAAUGACUUACAGUACCAUGUGCAUCAAGGAGAGCCUUCGUCUUUUCCCUGCAGCGCCAGCAACAAUCCGAGAACUCACUUCACCUCUUCUGUUUGAUGAUGGACGUACCUUACCAAAAGGAUUUAUGGUCUUCAUGAAUAUUUACAGCCUUCAUAGAAACCCCUCAGUCUGGGACAAUCCAGAGGUAGUUCAUUUUAGAUGCUACUUGAGACAGAGAAGUAUUGUUGAUGCUGUGAUGACCAGGAAAUAUAUUGAGAGGCAAGAGGCAUGA